CGCUCGGUGGCGCACAACUCGUCUCCGGUCUUAACGACGCUCCUCUCGCCGUUCAACCCGCAAAAUAUGGUGACCAAGACAUCUACGUCCUCCAGCGCUCCCGCUUCUGACGCUCCUGCGAGCGUAUCGUCAGCCAGCGCUACGUCCACAGCAACAGCUUCGUCUACUGUCGUGGCAACAACGCCGGCCGCGACCGCUAGCGACUGUCUGAAGGCCCCUCCUUCCGGGGCGGCCUCCCCGUCUAGUGUCGAUGCGUCUCCCGACACGUCAGCUUCAGCCCAGCGCUUCACGCGUGUUCCUCCCGCCGUUCUUCAGAGCGUGAAGGCGUCGCUGACUUAUCGGAAAAGCUGCCUGAAGCGCUCAAAGUCGUCCGUUCUGCCGCCUUCGACGUUCUGUGAAGACGAGACGCCUACAACCAUAAUUACGGAGGACAAGGCAGAAAAGAAAGAAGAAAGAAAGUCUGUACAGAAGAAUCGCCGGCGCUGCUGGGAGUGUAAAGUGAAGGUAGGCCUGACGGCUGUCAAGUGCCGCUGCGACUACACGUUCUGUGGAAAGCACCGGUACGCUGAGGAACACAAGUGUGCGUUCAACUUUAAAACGGCGGGUAAGCGCAUGCUUGAAGAAGAGAACCCCGUCGUGAAAGAAGUAAAGGGUCGCCCCGCCCCUAUGCGCUUCGAGGCCGUUGUGACGACCUGA